CUUCCCCGAUCUGAUUCUGAGUCUCUGACUUCUUUAUAUACGUCUCUCUCUCUCUAAAACCCCCAACUUCGCCUCUCUCUCUCUCUCUCUAGUUUGUGUCGGUGUCGGUGUCAGAUCUCCCCCCACACCAGCUGCUACGGCCUACAGGGUUCCUUCAGAUCCACACAUUCACGCUCACUCGAUAUUGUAUAAAGCUGAAUUCUGUAUAUACAUAAUUGGAUAGAUUUAGAGUUUGAGGGUUAAUUUUCAAUCUAUGGCGGGAUUUGGUGUAGAGGAGAUGUUUUCUGUUGGUUUUGCUGUUCUAUGAUUGUGGGCGAGGGGGUGGAAGAAGACGAAAAAGGAGAAGCGGUGCGUUUUAUGAAGGAUCGCUUUCUCUUUGUCUUCAACAAUAACUCGAAGCGCACAAGGUGGGAUUGCUCCUUCGCCGUCCGUAGCCGCGGUCGAUGGGGCAAAUGCGGCUGAAUGUGUGCUGAAAUCUAUCCGAUUUAGGUCUGAAGGAACGUAAAUUGAAUUUAUUUAUUCAAUUCGUUAUUUCGUAGCUGCUGUUGAGAAUUCUUCUUCGGGGGGGAGAUUUGAGUUUUCUUGGCAAUGCAGCCAGAUCACCGCAAGAAAAGUUCAGCGGAAUUGGAAUUCUUUUCUGAAUAUGGUGAUGCAAGCAGGUAUAAGAUCCAGGAAGUCAUAGGUAAAGGCAGCUAUGGUGUUGUUUGCUCCGCAAUCGAUACUCAUACAGGUGAAAAAGUGGCAAUAAAGAAAAUACAUGAUAUUUUUGAACACAUUUCUGAUGCUGCUCGAAUACUUCGGGAGAUAAAGCUUUUGAGGCUUCUGAGACACCCAGAUAUUGUUGAAAUAAAGCACAUUAUGCUUCCACCUUCAAGGAGAGAAUUCAAAGAUAUCUAUGUUGUUUUUGAACUCAUGGAAUCAGAUCUACAUCAAGUCAUUAAGGCUAAUGAUGACUUGACACGUGAACAUCAUCAAUUUUUCCUUUAUCAAUUGCUCCGUGCUCUCAAAUACAUCCACACAGCCAAUGUAUAUCAUCGAGAUUUGAAACCGAAGAAUAUUCUGGCAAAUGCAAACUGUAAACUAAAAAUAUGUGAUUUUGGAUUGGCUAGAGUAGCAUUCAACGACACACCUACAACAAUAUUUUGGACGGACUAUGUUGCUACAAGAUGGUAUAGGGCUCCAGAAUUGUGUGGCUCAUUUUUCUCUAAGUAUACUCCAGCAAUUGACAUAUGGAGCAUUGGCUGCAUUUUUGCUGAGGUUGUAACGGGGAAGCCACUUUUCCCUGGAAAGAAUGUUGUUCACCAGCUGGAUAUGAUAACCGACCUUCUUGGAACACCUUCUAUGGAGACCAUUUCUCAUGUGCGGAAUGAAAAGGCUAGAAGAUAUCUUACAAGCAUGCGAAAGAAACAGCCGAUUUCUUUUGCUCAGAAGUUUCCAAAUACUGAUCCUUUGGCUCUUCGGCUCUUGGAGAGGCUGCUUGCUUUUGAUCCAAAGGAUCGUCCAACUGCUGAACAGGCACUAGCUGAUCCUUACUUCAAGGGGUUGGCUAAGGCUGAGAGAGAACCGUCCUGUCAACCGAUCUCUAAAAUGGAAUUUGAGUUUGAGAGGCGAAGGGUGACAAAGGAAGAUGUAAGAGAGUUAAUAUAUAGGGAGAUACUGGAGUACCAUCCUCAGCUACGGAAGGAUUAUAUCAAUGGAAUUGAAAGAACUAAUUUUCUUUAUCCUAGUGCAAUUGAUCACUUUAAGAAUCAAUUUGCUCAUUUGGAAGGAAGUGUUGGUAAAAGUGGACCAGUGAUUCCACUUGAAAGAAAGCAUGCUUCCCUUCCUAGGUCGUCUACCAUUGUACAUUCCGCUAGAUUACCUCCAAAAGAGCAGCCGGCUGUUGCAAAUGCAAGGGAUCGGCAUAACUCUGAAGAAUUGUGCAGCAGAAACUCGAGAGAUUCUGAUGGGGUUCACAAUAGUUUGUCAAGACCCUUGCAGCCACCACAGAGGAUCGCACAAGCUAAACCGGGCAAAGUUGUAGGUCCAGUGUUGGCGUAUGAGAAUCCAAAUAUCGCCAAAGACUUUUAUGAUCCUAGAACGCUGGUCAGAAAUACCGUGCCAUCCCACCAGGGUAUCCCCUCGGCUUAUUCCAGUAGGAACGACACCGGGAGGGACUAUCCCAGUAAUACAAAACAAGUUCCCAACUGCGGCAUGGCUGCCAAAUUAGCCCCCGACAUAACAAUAGACAUAGAUACCCAUCCAUUUUAUACGAGCCGGGCUGGAGGCACCAAGUUGGACCGUCCCGAUGACAGGGUCACCGUGGACACGAAUCUGCUGCAGGCCAAAACACAAUACGGCGGGCUUGCAGUCGGUGCAGCAGCUGCCGGGAAAGUGGCUGCUCAUAGAAAAGUAGCCGUGAUGCAGUACGGUGUGGCGCGGAUGUAUUAGCCGAAGGUAAAGUCUGUGGAUAAAAUGUAGAGUUGUGAAGAGCGAAAGCAUGCGUCAAUCUUUCUGUAACUCUUGGCUUUGGAAUCCUUAGGUCUCUUUCUGUUUAGAUGUGAAAAGUUCUUUUUUUCUUCCUUUUUGUCAUGUGAGAAAUAAUAAAUAAGAUGAUAGUUACAAUUUCACAGCUUAA